AUGAAGGAGGUGAAUAUAAACAAUAUGAAACGGAUUUCAAAGGAACAAAUAACAAAAUUAAUUUCUGCCGCCUGUGAGAGUGAUCAUAUUACCAAACUAAGUAUGGCAAAUACAGCUAUAUCGGAUAACGAAGCAAGGGGCUUGAUCAAACUUCUCGAGACGUCUACAUCACUGAAAGUAUUGAACAUAGAAUCCAAUUUCAUCAGUCCCGAAAUGCUGGCAAAACUUCUCCGAGCCACCCUCGUUCAACAGUGUCUGACUGAGUUCAAAGCUGAAAACCAGCGCCAAUCAGUGUUGGGCAAUCAAGUGGAAAUGGAUAUGACGUCAUCAGUAGAAGAGAACGAAUCACUUCUACGAGUUGGUAUAGCAUUUCAAUCGAUGGAGGCACGUCAUCGUGUGUCGGACGCUUUGGAGAAGAACUAUGAACGAUGUGAGACUUUACCAUUCUCUGUAUGUUGCGGCAAAAGCCGCGUUUACCUACAAGAGCGUAUGAACGCCUGCCGAGGCCAAAGCUGA